AUGGAACUGCCGUACAGAUUAGCAUCGCAGAGAUCGACUGUCACAAAUACUCCAAGUGUGGCCGGCUCUCGAACCACCACUCCAGCUACGUCCUUCGACUCGACCUCUGCUCAACCUGAUCUCCAACGCAGUGGUCAAAAGCGAACCUUUGAAGCUGCGAAUGGCGCCACUCUCGACAAAGGCUACAGCUACGGCUACCACACGCCAUACUUCCAACCACCACUUCAACUGAAACCCCAUCGAAUUCCAGUUCUCCCUAGUGCUAGAUUCGCCCUGCCGUAUGAGCGCAAUGCCCAAACGGUCGAUGUCUCGCAAGCAGCCAAGCAAUUGAGAACCGCCAAACCAUCCGAUGCCAUUAGCUUCCACCUCCUCUAUGCCCAUGAUAAAGAGUUGACAGAAUGCCAAACUUGCAUGCUUCGAUGGCCAAGCCGUGUCGGGGCAUAUCAUGAGUUCUUUCCGGGUAGAGUGGAUUUGUUGCCUACGUACAGCUCUGAUCCAGCCUUCCGACUCGGAGGGGAGGCAGGAUAUGAUGUUAUUCGGGAGCAAAAGUGUCGGGAGCUCUGGCACAGAGAGGAGGCGAAGCAUGUUCAAGACUUGGGUGGUUAUAGGGCAAAGCCUCUCCACGAUGGUCAGAAGGACUACUACGAUAUCUCAGAGCCUCUCCUCAAGAAGCCCAAGUUGUCAUAGGCUAUUGAAAGACGGAGUGGUGAGGGUGGUUAGAUACUGCGACGUCUCAGAGGGUCCUGGGUUGUUGGAGAUGAUGGCAAAGAAGAGUCUUGG